GUCUCCUCCUAGGGGCCGUAGUGAUACACUGGAUUCUGAGGCAGUCCCGGCGGGGAAUCAGGAGCUCCUAGUCUGUCCGUCCGUCCCGCCCCCUCACCAUCCCCGGACCCCCGAGACCCCGGUGUCUGGGGCCUGUCACCCUCCUGAGGGGGAAGGAUCAACAGACCCGCCACCAGAGAUCAGCGAGGCCGAGGAGCAUCCCUCCCCCCAGGCAGGGCCUGAGCUCUCUCUGUGCGUGUGUGCCCGAAGGCUGGGCCAUGGGGAAAGGAAGCAGCAAGCUGGCUCCAGAAGUGCUGGAGGACCUUGUGCAGAGCACGGAGUUCAGCGAACAGGAGCUGAAGCAAUGGUACAAAGGCUUCCUCAAGGACUGUCCCAGCGGUAUCCUCAAUCUGGAGGAGUUUCAGCAGCUCUAUGUCAAGUUUUUCCCAUAUGGUGAUGCCUCUAAGUUUGCCCAGCAUGCCUUCCGCACCUUUGACAAGAACGGGGAUGGGACCAUCGACUUCCGGGAGUUCAUCUGUGCCCUGUCAGUCACCUCUCGAGGCAGCUUUGAGCAGAAACUCAACUGGGCCUUUGAGAUGUAUGACCUGGAUGGGGAUGGACGCAUCACCCGCCUGGAGAUGCUGGAGAUCAUUGAGGCUAUCUACAAGAUGGUAGGAACAGUCAUCAUGAUGCGUAUGAACCAGGAUGGGCUGACCCCUCAGCAGCGUGUGGACAAGAUCUUCACCAAGAUGGAUCAGGACAAGGACGACCAGAUCACCCUGGAGGAGUUCAAGGAGGCAGCCAAGAGUGACCCAUCCAUCGUGCUCCUGCUACAGUGUGAUAUGCAAAAGUAGGGGGAGCCCUGCCUCAGGCCCCCCCCAUCCCCACGGCCUCCAGGGCAUCUCUGUGUCCCACCCUGGGCCUCCCCAUUCCCACGGCCUCCAGGGCCCUUACCCCCUCUGUCCAGGGCAUCUCUGUGUCCUACCCUGGGCCUCCCUGUUCCCACGGCCUCCAGGGCCCUAACCCCCUCUGUCCAGGGCAUCUCUGUGUUCCAGCCUUCUCUACCUAGGACCUCCCCUCCCCAUCUCCAGGGCAUUCCUGGGUCCUAAACCCCUCUGCCCAGGGCAUCCUUAUAUCCUAGCCUACCGUCCUCAGAGCCACCCAGUUUCCAACCCACCUCUGCCCUGGACCUUCUUCUCCUCACAGUCUUCCAAUGUUCCACACUUUUCUGGCCCAGGUUUCUCCCACCUCUGAGCCUCUCCAACUUCCCUCCCCACCAGGGCCUUAGCCCACCUCUGCCCUCCCUCUCCCCAGGGUUUUCUAGUGCUCCAUCCCUCUUUGCCCCAGGUAUCCCCCUAGGCCUUGGCUGUGGCUCACCUCACCCCUUACAUGGACCCCCCUCAGCCCAGGGUUUUCCAGGGGCCCAGCUCUCUUAGCCCUGGACCCCCUCCCUGUGUCACUCCUUCCCUAACCCUCCAGUUUUGCCCCUGGUUCCCUCUCUUCUCCUUUUGAACUUGCUGGCAGAGCUUGGGGCAGACCUUGAGCAGGGAGGUAUUCCUAGCCCCAGGUCCAUCACAUCCUGACCCAGUACUGUAUUACUGGGUCCCUGGCCAGUUCUUCCCAGGGCGAUGUCCUGUUCCUGAGCCCCUCCCUGCGGCCCCCUAAGCCCAGUAGGGGAGUUCCCCCAGGAAGCAUGUUGGUAUAAUAUAAGGAACCCUAUAUUCAGAGUCAGAGCACCUGGGUUUGAGACCUGGCUCUGCUCCUUCCUGGUUACACGACCUUGGGCAAGUCACU